ACGCCAUGAAGACCACCGGCUGUAGGAGGAGUGAAGACCCACCUGCGGACCACUGAGUGCGGCGGCAGGAUGGCGGGGGGCCGCAGGGGACUUGUGGCCCCUCAAAAUACUUUUUUGGAGAAUAUUGUGAGGCGGUCUAACGUUUGGACACUGUCACAUAAACAGACAGACACCAACUUUGUCCUGGGAAAUGCUCAGAUUGUGGACUGGCCCAUCGUCUACAGCAAUGACGGUUUCUGCAAGCUGUCCGGGUACCACAGAGCAGAAGUGAUGCAGAAAAGCAGCACCUGCAGCUUCAUGUAUGGGGAGCUCACGGACAAGGACACCACGGAAAAAGUGCGACUGACGUUUGAAAAUUAUGAGAUGAACUCAUUUGAGAUACUGAUGUACAAGAAGAACAGGACGCCGGUGUGGUUUUUCGUGAAGAUUGCUCCCAUACGAAACGAACAGGAAAAAGUGGUCCUGUUCCUCUGCACGUUCAGCGACAUCACAGCCUUUAAACAGCCCAUUGAAGACGAUUCUUCCAAAGGCUGGGGAAAGUUUGCCCGCCUGACUCGAGCUCUAACAAGCAGCAGAGGAGUUUUACAGCAGCUGCAACCCACAGUUCACAAAGGAGAAAAUGUCCACAAGCACUCCCGUCUCGCUGAGGUACUUCAGCUGGGCUCCGACAUCCUACCUCAGUACAAGCAGGAGACCCCCAAGACCCCUCCUCACAUCAUCCUGCACUACUGCCUCUUCAAGACCACGUGGGACUGGGUCAUCCUCAUCCUCACCUUCUACACCGCCAUCAUGGUUCCCUACAACGUUUCCUUCAAGACCAAGCAGAACAACGUGACGUGGCUGGUGGUGGACAGCAUCGUGGACGUCAUCUUCCUGGUGGACAUCGUUCUGAACUUCCACACGACCUUCGUUGGGCCCGCCGGCGAGGUGAUCUCGGACCCCAAGCUCAUCCGGAUGAACUACCUGAAGACCUGGUUUGUGAUCGACCUGCUGUCCUGCCUUCCCUACGACGUUAUCAACGCCUUCGAGAACGUAGACGAGAAUUGGAACCACCGAGCUGUCACUCAAGGGAUCAGCUCUCUCUUCAGCUCCCUGAAAGUGGUCCGUCUCCUCCGUCUGGGCCGGGUCGCUCGCAAACUGGACCACUACAUCGAGUACGGGGCGGCCGUCCUGGUGCUGCUGGUGUGUGUGUUCGGACUGGCUGCUCACUGGCUGGCCUGCAUCUGGUACAGCAUCGGCGACUAUGAGGUGAUCGACGAAGAAACCAACAUUGUACGGGAGGACAGCUGGCUCUACAUCCUGGCGGAGACGGUGGGCACGCCGUACCGCUUCAACGCCAGCGGCUCGGGGAAGUGGGAGGGCGGGCCCAACAAGGACUCGGUCUACAUCACCUCGCUGUAUUUCACCAUGACCAGCCUGACCAGCAUCGGCUUCGGGAACAUCGCCCCCACCACGGACGGCGAGAAGAUCUUCGCCGUGGCCAUGAUGAUGAUCGGAUCCCUUCUGUACGCCACCAUCUUUGGUAACGUGACCACGAUCUUCCAGCAGAUGUACGCCAACACAAAUCGUUACCACGAGAUGCUGAACAGCGUCCGCGACUUCCUCAAGCUCUACCAGGUCCCCAAAGGCUUGAGCGAGCGAGUGAUGGACUACAUCGCCUCCACCUGGUCCAUGUCUCGGGGAAUAGACACUGAAAAGGUGUUGCAGAUCUGUCCCAAGGACAUGAGAGCCGACAUCUGCGUUCACCUCAACCGCAAGGUCUUCAAGGAGCACCCGGCUUUCCGGCUGGCCAGCGACGGCUGCCUGCGAGCGCUGGCCAUGGAGUUUCAGACCAUCCACUGUGCCCCCGGAGACCUGAUCUACCACGCCGGGGAGAGCGUGGACAGCCUCUGCUUCGUGGUGUCGGGGUCACUGGAGGUCAUUCAGGAUGACGAGGUUGUGGCCAUUUUAGGUAAGGGAGACGUGUUCGGGGAUGUUUUCUGGAAAGAGGUGACUCUGGCUCAGGCCUGCGCCAACGUCCGAGCCCUGACCUACUGCGACCUGCACGUCAUCAAGCGCGACGCUCUGCAGAAGGUGCUGGAGUUCUACACCGCCUUCUCCAACCACUUCUCCAGAAACCUGCUGCUCACGUACAACCUGAGGAAGAGGAUUGUCUUCAGAAAGAUCAGCGAUGUGAAGCGGGAGGAGGAGGAGCGGCAGAGACGUAAAAACGAGGCCCCUCUGAACUUGCCACCGGACCACCCGGUGCGAAAGCUGUUCCAGCGCUUUCGGCAGCAGAAGGAAGCUCGCCUGGCGACCGAGAAACCCGAGCUGGACGAGCAGGACGUGGAGAAGGGCCCCAUGUACGUGGACGUCCCGCUGACCAAAGCUGCCAUCACCACCACCAGCAUCGUCACGGUAACGGAGAGCCCGGCGACGCCCUCGUCCUCGUCGCCCGCGUCCUCGACGCCUCCGGCAGACAAGGCGAAGCUGCAGGUGCCGUCGCCCAUCUCCCUGGUGGGCUGUCGGACCACCGAACCCGUCAAAGUCAAAGGCUGGGGGCGCUUCAAGGAGUCCAUGGCCAAAGCCGACAACUGGAACAAAGUGUCCAAAGCCGAGUCCAUGGAGACUUUACCCGAACGGACCAAGGCGCACGAAUCGCAGACGUCUCUGAAGAAGACGGACUCGUGCGACAGCGGGAUCACCAAAAGUGACUUGCGCUUAGACAAGAUGGGUGACUUCCGCCUGACGCCUCAGGACCGCAGUCCCGUCCAGCCUCCGGAAACCAGGCACUCCUUCUACCCCAUCCCCGAGCAGACGCUGCAGGCCUCGCUCCAGGAGCUCAAGCUGGAGAUUAAGGACGACCUCAAGAACCUGAACGCUCGAAUGUCCGGCCUGGAGGCGCAGCUCAUGGAAGCACUCGAGCUCCUCAAAGCCCGGAAGUCCAGCACGGACUCUCCACAGGGUCUUUUUGACAUUUCCAGACCCACUUCGCCAGAAGUGGAUAAAGAGGACAUCUUCUCGUGAAGGAUGGAAGGUUCUUCAGGCCACAGCAAGUUGUGAACUGGGCUGGAAUCCAGUAAUGUCCGGAUGACUCGGACAGCCGAGGCUGCACUGGGCACACCCUUCGGG